AUGCAGGUGGCCGAUCCUGUAUCAGUGGACCCUGGAAAGGCCCAGGUCAUUGACCGGGUGCCCAAAGUCAUCAAAGAAAUAACUUUCGGCGUCCUGUCGAGCCAGGAUAUCAUCAGCCAGGCACAUGUUGAGGUGUCCGACCGCAAAUUGUUUGAUCUCGACAACGACCGCAUCGUCGCCCGCCAUGGCCCGCUCGACAGCCGCAUGGGCAUCUCGAGCAAGUCCGGAACGUGCGAGACCUGCGGCAGCUCACUGCAGGAAUGCAAUGGCCAUUUUGGCUACGUCAAGUUGGUCCUACCAGCUUUUCACGUAGGCUAUUUCAAGCGUGUGAUCGGGAUACUGCAGGAGAUAUGCAAGGACUGCUCUCGAAUCCUACUGCCAGAACCGGAGAGACGAAGCUUUCUCAAAGAAAUGCGCCGCCCGGCUAUCGAUAACCUCCGACGCGUCCAGAUCAACAAGCGCAUAAACGAGCGGUGCCGCAAAACCCGCGUCUGCUACACCUGCAACGCAGUCAAUGGCGUAGUCAAGAAAACCGGCACCAGUGCCUUGAAGAUUACGCACGAGAGAUUCCGAGCCUUCAACGCUUCUGCGUCCACUAAAAAAGUCCCACCCCCGAGCAAAGUCAUUUUCGACCAGUCCUUCGAUGAAGCCAAGAAGUCCAUUCCAGAUAUUGAGAAGAAUUUCAAAAAGGCCCACGAUGACCUCAACCCCCUGCGAGUGCUGAAACUCUUCCGCCGUAUCUCCAACGAAGACUGCGAGCUCCUCGGCCUGAACCCGAAAGAAGUGCGGCCGGAGAAUUUUCUGUGGCAGUUCAUACCCGCCCCACCUGUCUCGAUUCGACCGUCAGUUGGUCAAGAAGGAGCUAGCACGGAAGAUGACCUUACGGCUAAGCUGGGUGACAUUGUGCAUAGUAAUAUUAAUCUCAAGAACGCGAUGAACAAGGGCGCUCCGAUUCAAACUAUUAUGGAAUGCUGGGACUACAUGCAAUUGCAGAUCGCAGUCUAUAUCAACAGCGACGUGCCCGGACUGCAAAAGGCUGACUUUGGAAAAGCCAUCCGUGGCGUCUGCCAGCGGCUAAAAGGAAAGCAGGGAAGAUUCCGAGGAAAUUUGUCCGGAAAGCGAGUUGAUUUCUCGGGGCGAACGGUGAUUUCACCCGACCCAAAUCUAAGAAUUGACGAAGUCGCGGUGCCGCAGCUCGUCGCUAUGAACAUGACAUACCCGGAGAGGGUGACCAAAUACAACAAAGAAAAACUACGCGGACGGGUACGCAACGGCACCAAGACGUGGCCGGGAGCAAAUUAUAUCUCGAAAAGAGGCACGUCGUUGAAGGUGUUCCUGAAAUACGGCAAUCUCAGACUCAUGGCGGACCAACUGGAAGAAGGGGAUGUAGUCGAAAGACAUCUGGAAGACGGCGAUAUCGUACUGUUCAACCGCCAGCCGUCUCUACACAAACUCAGUAUUCUCUCCCAUUUUGUCAAAGUCCGACCGCACCGGACGUUCCGGCUGAACGAGUGCGUGUGCAAUCCGUACAACGCGGAUUUCGAUGGCGACGAGAUGAACCUCCACGUGCCCCAGACGGAGGAAGCGCGCGCCGAAGCGAUGGAGCUGAUGGGGGUGAAGAACAACCUGGCGACGCCGAAGAACGGCGAGCCGAUCAUCGCGGCGAUCCAGGAUUUCAUCACGGCGGCGUUCCUGCUGAGCAGCAAGGACAACUUCUUCGACCGCAAGACGUUUACGCAGAUCUGUCUGUACAUGCUGCACUCGGAGACACGGUUCGACCUGCCGCCGCCGACGGUGCUGAAGCCGCAAAUGCUGUGGACGGGGAAGCAGGUGUUCAACGUGCUGAUGCGGCCCAACCGCGACAGCCCCGUGCUGGUGAACCUGGACGCGGCGUGCCGGGCGUACAAGUACAUCCAAGGCCAGGCGCCGGACCUGGACGCGAAUGACGGGUGGCUGUGCAUCCGCAACUCGGAGAUCAUGUGCGGGGUGGCGGACAAGUCGACGAUCGGGUCGGGCAAGAAAGACAACAUCAUCUUCGUGGUGCAGCGCGACUUCGGGCCGGCGGCGGCGGCGGAGGUGAUGAACCGGCUGUCGCGGCUGUCGGCGCGAUGGCUGACGAACCUGGGAUUCUCGGUGGGCAUCACGGACGUGUACCCGGUCAACAACCUGGUGCAGCUGAAGCAGCGGCUGGUGGACGGGGCGUUCGCGGAGUCGGCGGCGCUGAUCGAGAAGCUGAAAGCGGACAACUUCGUCAACGCCAGCGGAGGCGACGAGCGGCAGAACACGGAGAACAGCAUCACGGGGCUGCUGAACAAGGUGCGGCAGCAAGCAGGCGAGUUCUGUAUCGCGGAGCUGAGCAAGCACAACGCGCCGCUGGUGAUGGCGACGUCGGGGUCGAAGGGAUCGAGCAUCAACGUGUCGCAGAUGGUGGCGCUGGUGGGCCAGCAGACGAUCGAGGAGCGGCGGGUGUCGUACGGGUUCCAGGACCGCACGCUGCCGCAUUUUGCACGGCGGUCGCAGCACCCGCUGGCGAAGGGGUUUGUGCAGAACAGCUUCUUCUCGGGGCUGUCGCCGACGGAGUUCUUCUUCCACGCAAUGUCGGGGCGCGAGGGGCUGAUCGACACGGCGGUGAAGACGGCAGAGACGGGCUACAUGUCGCGGCGGCUGAUGAAGUCGCUGGAGGACCUGUCGACGCGGUACGACGGCACGGUGCGCAGCUCGACGGCGGACGUGGUGCAGUUCCAGUACGGCGACGACCAGUUAGAGCCGGUGGCGAUGGAGGGCGUGGCGACGCCGGUGCACUUCGAGCGCACGUUCACGGCGGCAGAGACCACGCUGUACGACGCGGCGGAACGCGGGCUGGGGGCGGCGGAGAUCGAGGCGCUGUGCGAGCAGCUGCUGGCGCCAGAACGGGCGCAGCUGGCACGCGUCGACCUGCUGGGGCGGCCGCUGGCGUACGAUGAUGCGACGGCCGGCGGCGUUGACCAGCGCGAGAGCGAGCGGGCGUUCCUGGCGGCGAUUGCGGCGUUUGUGCGCGGCAAGGCGGCGCGGCUGGAGGCGGGUGGCGCCAGUGCAAGCGCAGCCGCAGACGCAGACGCGAUGGCGCGCGCGCACACGGCGCGGCUGCCGGCGCGCACGCUCACGGCGUUUGUGCGGGCGUGUCUGCACAAGUACCGGCGGGCGCGCGUCGAGCCGGGCCACGCGGUGGGCGCGGUGGGCGCGCAGUCGAUCGGCGAGCCGGGCACGCAGAUGACGCUCAAGACGUUCCACUUCGCGGGCGUGGCGGGCAUGGGCAUCACGCAGGGCGUGCCGCGCAUCAAGGAGAUCAUCAACGCGUCGCGGGCGAUCAGCACGCCGAUAGUGACGUGUGCGCUGGUGGAGGCGCGCGACGUGCGGGCGGCGCAGAUCGUCAAGGGCCGCAUCGAGCGCACGUGCCUGGGCGACGUGGCGCGCUACAUCGAGGAGGACUGGACGGGCGACGCGGCGUUCCUCAACGUCAAGAUCGACUUCGCAACGAUCCACGCGCUGCGGCUGGAGCUGACGAUGGCGGACGUGGUGGCGGCCAUCCGGCGGCACCGGCUGUUCCGCGCGCGCGACCUGCGCAUCCGGGCGUUUCGGGCGCACGUUCACGUGUUCGUGGACCAGGCGGCGGGCGGGUCGGCGGCGGCCGCGGCGGCGGUGCUGAGCAAGUCGGAGCAGAAGCUGACGGGCACAGACCCGUACUUCCGGCUGAAGCACCUGAAGCGCGUGCUGCCGACGAUCGCGGUGCUGGGCCACGCGGGCUGCCGGCGCGCGGUGCUGCACGCGGACGCAAACAGUGGGCUGCACACGCUGCUGGUGGAAGGGCAGGGCCUGCGGGCGUGCAUGACGACGGACGGGGUGGACGGGGCGCGCACGCGCACCAACGACGUGAUGGAGACGCGGGCGGUGCUGGGGAUCGAGGCGGCGCGCACGACGAUUGCGCGCGAGAUGACGGCGGUGAUGGCGGAGAUGGGCAUUGACCCGCGGCACAUGCAGCUGCUGGCGGACGUGAUGACGGCCAAGGGCGACGUGCUGGGCAUCACGCGGUUUGGGCUGGCCAAGAUGCGCGACUCGGUGCUGCAGCUGGCCAGCUUCGAGAAGACGGCUGACCAUCUGUUCGCGGCGGGCGGGGCGGGGCGUGCGGACCGUGUGGAGGGCGUGUCGGAGUGCAUCAUCGUCGGCAAGAGCGUGGCGCUGGGCACGGGCGCGCUGGAGGUCGUGCGCAGUCUCAACCUGGCCGCAAGCGACGUCGCGCGCCGCAAGACGGUGUUCGACGAUGCGUGGGCGGCGGGGAUGAGACGCGCAACAGGACGAUGA